AUGGCAGCUUUCAAUCACUCCCAGUCUGAACCUUCAACAUUUAUCCUCAUGGGGAUCCCUGGCCUUGAAGAGGCCCACCUCUGGAUUUCCAUCCCUUUCUCGAUGAUCUAUAUUGUCGGCCUCUUGGGAAAUUUCACUCUUCUCUUUGUUGUGGUAAAAGAGCAGACCCUGCACCAGCCGAUGUACCUGCUGCUCUGCAUGCUGGCAAUCAUGGACAUCGCCAUGUCCACCUCUGUUGUGCCUAAGGCCUUGUGUAUAUUUUGGUUCAAUGUAAAAGAAAUUACGGUGGGUGGCUGCCUCACCCAGAUGUUCUUGCUUUAUGCAACUUCUGUUAUCCAGUCAGCCACACUGGUCUUGAUGGCCUUCGAUCGCUACGUUGCCAUAUGUAACCCACUGAGAUACCCCACAAUCCUCACCAACGCACGAGUAGCUAAGCUGGGGCUGGUGGGUUUGGUGAGAUCUAUUCUCAUAAUGCUGCCCCUGCCCGUGUUCUUCAGCAGGGAGCCAUUCUGUGCCAACCGCAUGAUCGCCCAUACGUACUGUGAGCACAUGGCCGUGGUGAAGCUGUCCUGUGGGGACAUGACUGUCAACAGGACAUACGGCUUGGUGAUAGUGCUUAUAGUCACUGCGUUAGAUCUAACGUUCAUUGCUCUGUCCUAUGGUCUGAUCCUCAGGGCCAUCUUCCGAAUCUCCUCCAAGAAAGCCCACCAGAAAGCCCUCAACACCUGCACCACCCACCUCUGUGUGAUACUGACGUCCUAUACUCCCUUUCUCUUCUCUUCUCUGACACAUCGGUUCGGUCAGGGCAUCGCUCCCCAUGUUCACAUCAUCUUGGCCAACCUCUAUUUCCUCCUCCCUCCCAUGCUGAACCCCAUCAUUUAUGGGGUCAAAACCAAAGAGCUUCGUGACAAAGUGGGCAAAUUGACCCACAGAAGGUGA